UGCCAGUUAUUCCACAAUGUGAAGAUGUGCGAAUGGUUAUCGAGUGGCGAAUGGUGCGACGUGAAGCUCGUAUGUGAUGGCAGAACCUUUAACGCGCACCGCGCCGUCUUGGCCAGCGUAAGCGUCUUCCUCAGGCGAGUUCUACUUUCAUGUCCAUCACAAGAAGAUACACCUGUAUUUAUAGUCUUGCCAGAUUUCGAUCUCGAAGCGAUGUCUUCAGUUCUUUAUUAUGUGUACAAUGGAGAAGUUCUCAUAGAUAAUCGCAAAUUAAUUACGUUCCUGGAUAUAGUUAAAACCUUAGAAAUUUUCAUUGAUCACCAGUACUUACAGAAAUUACGAUAUAAUGUCGAUGAUGGAUGCUUAGAUCUACUCACAUAUCCUAAAAGCACAUUAUUGACUGACGAACUGAGUUUGGAUAACAGUAACGAUCACGAAAAUGCGAAUAUAGAAAGCGAGAGAAUUCAAAAUAAAUUUCAGUUUAUACAAAAUAGAAUAGAUCAGGAUGAUAAUAAAGAUACAUGUCGCAGCCGCAGUGAUCUGCAUCCUACCAUGCCAUAUUUGGACCGACAAAGGAACUCUUUUCUACGUGAUUUAUAUAUCGAGACGUAUCCUCAAAACGGUAAUGUUAACGGUGUAACGGGAGGCGUGCUAGCAAUAUCAAAUGAACGUUAUCGUACACCGACAUCUGUGCUCUUGAAGAAUGCAAAUGGCAAACUUCCCACCAGAGCUGCAGACAGAAUCUCGGAAUCGAGCAGUGAACAAACCGAAAGCGAUUUUUUACCUAAUAUGUUUCGCAAACAAAGCUACGUGAAAGGUUUUGACCAAGCGUACAAUGACAUUACCACUAAGAACUUUUUUGAUGCUGCCCAGUGGACUACUUUAGGUUUAUCUAAAUGUAAAUUAUUCAUGGGUAGUAGUUAUAAUUAUGAUUGGAAUAUCAGGAACAGCAAACACUUGAUAAAGUAUGAAAGGUCCCAUUCAAAUACGCAACUUUUACGAGAAAUGCAAGAGAGGAAUCCUAUGUCAUCUUUGGAUCUUAGCCUUACACAGUCGUUUGUAGGAUCCGUGGUGGCAAAUUCAAAUAACUUUUUAGAAGCUAUAAGUUUAACCCAAACUAAUGUAAAUAGCAAUUAUAUGAAAAAUGACAUACAAGGGAAGAGUAACAAUUUCUCCAAAGUACCAAUUUUUAAUCAAGUGAUAGAUAGCCCUUGGCGACCACGGUUGCCUAAUAAUUACAAACCGUUCAGAAGAAAAGGCAAACAUGUAACUGUAACUGCGCCAACUAAAAAGGAUAAUGUUGCGGUUGAAAAUGACAAAAAUAAUAAUAAUGUAGAGCAGAUGACGAAAAUUUUAACUGGAUGCGUCAAUGAAAGCCUUCCAAAUAAGUUGGAACACAGAUGCGCAAUGUGUAACCAGGUAUUCGUUAACGAAGAAAGCUUGGCUGUCCACACAAAGAGGCACACCACGCCACCGCGCUACUCGUGCAGCGAAUGCGGCAAAACCUUCUCCCAGCUACGCAACUUCAAGUACCACGUGUCCGUCCACCGCGGCACAAGGGAGUUCGCAGCCACCUGCACUGUCUGCGGGAAAUACUUCAACGACAGAGGCUACCUCAGCAGCCAUAUGAAGAUUCAUAGGUUUGUUAGUGUCCAUAUGAGGUGGUAAACGAUAACGUCGCGCAAUCGUGCACUGAGUGCGGCAAGACCUUUUUCAGCAGCCACAUGAAGAUUCACAGGUUCAUUAGCGUUCUCUAUCUUCUUAGUGCUAACAAUUCCCAAAAAUAUGUAAACCUAAAGUUAAAGUUUAAAGUCCUAAGAGCGUGCGCUGCGUUACGCGGGGCACGGAGCGGCGUUCGCUCGUCGUGUUUGUUUCAUGUUAUUUAAUAGAGCAGCGCUGCGUGAGGCGGGUCUCGCGCGCCGUGGGUGUCUAUGAAAUGAAAUAAAAACUGCUCGCCCAGCGUACGCCCGAUCCGUGCCCCGCUUGAUAUUUUAAUUUGAAACAAAAGAACGGCAAUAUACGAAUGUAUUUAAAACCCCAAAAGAUCAAAUUAAUAAAAUAAAAAUAAUGAUAAGCAGUCAUAGACGCUUACGAUGACGUGUGAGUGCACCUUCCAUAUAUAUAUGGAAUGAAGUAUACUUCAUUCUCUCCUCUGUGGAGCUCUAACAUGCAGGUUUUGGGAUACAACAUUACAAAAUAGUUUUGUAUGUAUGCCAUUAGAAGAUGUUGCUUAAAAAUUCCACAUUCUCACUGAAGUAACCACUGCACGAUGAACCUCCCUAAUCUCCUUUAAAAUUUGUUUUGUUUUAGGAAUAGAAAAGAGUACAAGUGCUCACUCUGCCCGAAGUCUUUCAACCAACGUGUCGCUUACAAUAUGCACGUCAGAAUACACACAGGUGUGAAACCUCAUGUGUGCGAUGAGUGUGGAAAGGCGUUUUCUCGGAAAAUGCUCUUGAAGCAGCACCAGCGCACCCAUUCCGGUGAGAGGCCAUAUGCCUGCCCUCACUGCGACAAGCGCUUCGCCGACAGAUCCAAUAUGACACUGCAUCUACGACUACACACUGGUGUGAAACCGUUCUCGUGUACGCUGUGUCCGAAGUCUUUCACAAAGAAGCACCACCUCAAGUCUCACCUCAACUUCCACACGGGCGCUAAGCCUUACUCGUGUCCUCGAUGCAAACUGGCCUUCACACAGUCCUCCAAUAUGAGGACUCAUCUGAAGAAAUGUACCGCUAUACCGUCUGAAGAAAACGCUUCAUCUAUUUAAAUUAAAUAUACGACGGGCACCCAUAAAGUUUUGCGAUACUAUUGAAAAAUACACUACAGGGUAUAUUUCUUUUAUUCUAUCUUCUGAAAGAGUUAUUGACGUCUAUACACAGUUUCACACGUCUAAACUAAUUUUCAUAACACAUUUUCUAGUCUGCAUCAAACACCUUUUUCAAAUGCAGCCAGCUCACCUUCCGGGUCAUGAAAACUGUCCUUUUGAUUUGAUUCUUUAUUUAGAACAAAAUAGAGUGGGGAGCAAAAUCUGGACUGUAAGGAGGAUGAUAUACAGGGUUAAUAUUAAAACACCAACAACUUCUUAGGGGGUGAUUCUACCCAUCAGCAGGAACAACUUUUAUUAGAAUUGGAAUUUCAUUAUUUGCAUUUGAAUAGCGUACACUGGGGAUCUUACAAAUUUUGAAGUUCGGCCCAUUCAGCCAUCUUUAAUAGCAUGCAAAUAUUUUAUACUACAUUACUAAACGUAAUACAUAUUAAUUUACAUUGUGAAAUCAUUUUUCAAUAUCAAUAAUAAUAAAUUUAAAUUCAUCAAAUAAAUAAUAAGUCAGUGAAAUUACAAAAAGUGUCCACGUCAUUUUAUAAAACAUCAUUCAAAAUUAAAUAUAUUGUAAAAAAAUUCAAAAGUCAAAUUAAUAAUGUCAAAGAUUACAAUGUUAAUUAUAAAGCACCAUUAGGUAAAGAGAAGAACCAAGAAGCUAAUAUUGUAUAUAAGCUUCUUGAGAAGAACCUACUAUAAUUAUAUGUCAUUAAAAUGUCGCUAGUUAUUCACUGUCACUCAAAUAAUUCUUUUACACUAUAAAACAUCUUAUCGUGUAGCCAUUUAAACAAAGCAGUCUUAAAUUUUAUAAAAUGCAAUUGCUUUAUGUUUGUUGGUUCCUUAUUAUAAAUCUGUAUACACAUCCAAUAACAAUUAUUUUUAAACCGCAUGCUCUUUGGAAUUAUUACAGAGACUAGUCUAUUGCCAUUGCGUGUAUUUCGAGGGUACACAUCUUCAGCUUGUUUAAAAUGAUGCAUAUUUUGAUUUACAAAUUCGGCAACAUCAAAAAUGUAAAGACAAGGCAAUGGUAAGAUUUUUAAGUGUUUUAACAGCGGCCCGCACGGUUCGUCAGGUGUAGUUCUACAUAUAGGUCUUACACAUUUUUUUGCACUAUUUAUUGGCUUCUAUACUAUUUCCCCAUAGAAUUAAUCCAUAUCUCAGAACUAAUUCGACAUAUGCAAAGUAUGCUGUAAGAGCAGUAGUAUUUCUUGUAGCUAUUUUCGUCAAUUUAUGAAGUGCAAAUAUAUAACGGUUAAUUUUAUUGCAUAUAGAUUCUAUAUGUGUUUUCCAGUCCAACUUUUGGUCAAUUUCUAUGCCGAGGAACUUGGUUGUGUUCGGGUUUUUUAGUGUUUGCCCUUUGUAGUUAAUAUUCAAUGAUUUACCAAUGGAACUAUUAAAAUUCAUGAAACAAGUUUUUUUUAUGUUUACAGUCAGAUUAUUCUGCUGAAGCCAAUUUGCAAUUGAUCUAAUUGUAUUUUCUAUAUCAUUUUUAUGGUCUUUUAAUGCCAUUUUAUUAUCCGUUGUUAUUACCACUGAUAUAUCAUAAGCAAAAAGAAUACAACGAUGUUCGGUCACGUCUGACAACUUGUUAGUAUAGACCAAGUAAAAGAGAGGUCCUAAUACACUUCCUUGCGGAACACCAAAAUUAUUAUCUCUAAACUCAGAUUGAUAUGUUUGGUUAUUAUGGGACCAACGCUGAAAUCGCGAAAAAAAAAACAACUGUUUCAUACAUUUCGGUCGAUUAGCUGAUGCACUUUUGUAUGAAACAGCAGUUUUUUUUUCGCGAUUUCAGAGUUGGUCCAAAAGUUGUUCCUGUUGAUGGGUUGAUUCACCCCUAAGAGGUUGUUGGUGUUUUAAAAUUAACCCUGCAUAAGUUUGACCGGUAUGCUGUCGAGAAAGUCCUUUGUUUUGGCCUUUGAGUGAGCCGGCGCAGCGCGCUGUCUUGGUAGAAUGAAAACCUUUUUUAAAGAGAAACAGAAUAUUUUAGUAUAGAUUAUAAAAAACGUAGAAGUAAAUUUGGAAUGUUGUUUUUUGUAAGAAAUAGGCAUAGUUUUAUUUGACAUAAAAACCAGCCAUACGUUGUUAGUCGCAAAACUUUCUGAGUACCCUGGUAUGUAUGUAUUGCAAACGGAGUAACUUUUUGGAUCUUUAUGAAAAAUGUUUGAUAUUUGUCUGGGAGAAUGAGGAUUAUAGUACAGAUAGCAAAAAAUUAAUCGAUAGCACAGUGUGGGCAAUGGAAUGACCUUGUCUCAUCUUACGCUUAAUCAAUGCAUUUAUGCUGUCUGCUGUAUCCUCCGAAGUGUAACAAUGGGAGAGAAAUUUAUACUCAAAUCACAUAUUUCUUUUUAUCUGCUAUAACUUAAAUGAAAAUAAUCUUUCAAUAUCAGUAUUUUGAUAGAGCUCGUCCUUUAGUUUUAGUUUUAUCUCUUGAUUAUCGUAGACCGAAGUUACUUAACAUAAGUUUUCCGUCUUAUGUACUUCAUUUUAUGUGAUAUGUGUCAUAUGUAGACGGACAAAUAUACGCUUGUUGAUGUUUUUUAAUAAAUGUAUUGCUUUAACUUCACC